AUGUCGCCAGCGUUGCAGAAUCCGUUCGAGUUCCCUCCAACAACCCACUCAGGCUAUGGCUUCUCGGACGAGGAACCCGAUCUCCACGACGAGAGCGACGACAAUCUCGACGAUGUGUCUCUGUCGAACGGUAAUUAUAGUCCUCCCGCCUGGAGAAGACUGGAGAAUGGCGAUCGAUGGUAUGGGAAUUGGCGUGAAACGAGGGAUAUUUUUGGAGGAAUGGACCAACCGAAGCGAACGGUCUUCAACGGAAAUCCCAGAAGCAAUAACAUUUUUCAGAGUGACAUCUUCGAGGCAGCCCGUAAGACGCGUUUGCCUACGGGAAGUCUAAGUCCUGAAAAAGGAGCCACUCCUGAACCUGAGGUACAAACCGAGGAUGAUACGCUUGUCAAAACAAAGAGCGAGUCGCCAACUGAGAAACAAUUAAAGGAUAGUAUGCUGGCUUCAAUGUCACCUGAUAUUUCCAGGGACAACUACAUUCGACUAGCAUUACGUGCCGAUAUUCAACAACGAACGGAGCCAAUUGACGCUGCUGUGAAUUUUGUACGGCGAUAUACGAGUAUGGUCACUAAAUCAUGGGGGAAUAUUAUUGUUUCGAUACUCAUCGCCAUUUUAUCCAUGACCGCAAUUAAGUCGCUUUUCCAACCUGCGCCACCGCGGCCGUCGCCCGAUCUUAUCAAGGUUGCUGGCAUUGCGCGGUCCUUCGAACCGUUAAUUUAUUACUCGGAGCAUGGCGUCACUCAAAUUGAGGAUCUCCACUCUACUGGGAUUGCUGUAUGGGAUCUCGGAGAAAGUGUGCGAUCCAGCAAUAUGACGUCGGCGCCGAUAAUUGUUAAAGCUCUUGACGAAUUAUCGGAGAACCUCAAAACUCUCGCUAUUGAGCUGACCAAAUUUUUCGCCAGCGUCGAUGGUGACAUUGACAGCAUUUUAAUAGUAAUGGAUUGGGCACGACGCGAAUUGGCGCAGCUACAGACGGUACGAAGCCCGCCGCUCUCCACGGCUUUUAACAACAUUCACAAUAUACUAUGUGUUGCUGGCAUUUUGGAAAAUCCGAACACGGGUAUGCCGACGCAAUUGGGAGCUGUGACGACAAGCAUAUUCGGUAUGCCGCAUCCGCAGCGAACCCGUUAUGCGCUGCAGCGCACGUUCACUGAAUUUCUAUCUGUUCUUGAGGAAGCCAUAGAGAACGAAUUACAGUAUUCGCUAGCUCUAUUUAGUCUUUUCGAAACUCUCGACAGGCAAUUCUUGAACCUAGCGCGCGUUGUGGUACGCGAGUCAUCACUACAGGAUGAGGAACAUGCCGACUUCCUCUCUUCGCUAUGGUCGCGCAUCCUGGGUCCCAAGGCAAGCGAAGUAAUGAAAUACCAGCGAAAUCACCAAUUACUUCAGAAUGUGCGCGAGAAGACAGUUAGUAACAAGGGCAUCCUGGUGGAGCAUAAUAGUAAGCUGCUCAGCUUGAAGGCUAGCCUUGAGAUUCUUCGACGCAAACUCGUUUCGCCGUUAGUACGAAGCGUCAACAGCAGCACACUUACACUCGAAGAGCAAAUAAAGGGACUUGAAGAUGUGGGUGUUUACCUGGAGGGCCUUCGUGCACGACAAAAGAGCAAGCUCAUAGAAAUGAGAUAUGGUGGAGGUGCAAGAGCUCGGAUUUCCGGAACGGCGAGGUUGAUUGAUUAG